AUGAGAAAUGCCACAAUUCAAUGUUUUUUCUAUGGAUUCAUGAUCUUUGGGUUCUGCACAGCUUCGUUGUAUGUAUAUUUGUACUAUAGUCAUGAGAACAGCCAGGAGAAGAAAAGCCAUGAGCCUACCUCAGUUCGGUCCCCUGAAAAAAAUGUGCAUCAGCAAAGUAUCCAUGACUCAGAGCAAAUGCCAACACCACAUGCAGUUGUAGAAGGGUUAGACGAAGAUGAAAAUGAACCUAAAAGACUGCAACAAUUUAUAAAUCGGUAUAAGAAUGUCAACCAUUCAGACCCAGAGUUUCUUAGUGGAUUUUCAAAAUAUGGAUUUAAUAUCAUUGUCAGUAGACACUUGGACAACCAGAGAGAGGUGCCAGAUACCAGGAAUAAAAUGUGUCUUGGAAACUAUUACUCAAAACGUCUACCAACUGCCAGCGUUAUCAUUUGCUUCCAUAAUGAAGAAUUUCAUGCCUUGUUUCGGACAGUGUCCAGUGUUAUGAGUCGCACUCCAGACCAUUUCCUUGAAGAAAUUGUUUUGGUAGACGACAUGAGCGAAUUUGAUGAUUUGAAAGAAAAACUAGACCAUCACCUGGAAGUUUUUCGGGGAAAGAUUAAAUUAAUAAGAACCACAAAGAGAGAGGGGCUGAUUCGAGCAAGACUGAUUGGAGCAUCUCGGGCUUCAGGUGAUGUUCUGGUGUUCCUGGAUAGCCACUGUGAAGUGAACACAGUAUGGCUGGAGCCUUUGCUGAAAGCCAUUGCCAAGGACCCCAAAAUGGUGGUGUGCCCACUGAUAGAUGUCAUUGACCACAUAACUCUGGAGUAUAAGCCCUUCCCCCUCGUAAGGGGAAUUUUUGACUGGAAACUACAGUUUAAAUGGGAUCGUAUUUUCUCUUAUGAGAUGGACGGGUCAGAAGGACCUUCUAAACCAAUCCG